UUCCAGACUUGAUAUGCAGUCCAACUGGAAUGGUGCAUGGAGAAUCCCGAACCGAUCAAACCAGCACUGAUUUACCAACAUCGGCAUUCCGCCAUCCUGGGCACCAGCCGGCCUGUUCAGCCUCGUCCCUCUAGCCAACAAUCUAGCUUCCGUGGUCCAAUACAGAUCAAGGGCUUCCUUCGAUCUCCUAACAUUACCAUCAGAUCAACCGAAGCCCUCUCGCCAUGCGACGGACAUUCGGCCUGUUUCAGAGAGUGGCGCGAUCAGUGAACGGUCAAGCCGAGACUGGGCAGAAUUCUUUCACCUACACACCAUUACACGAAGCUGAUGAGAUCAGACUGCUGUAUCUUGCGCCACGGAAUGUACCGAGUAGUAGUGUUCGCGACGCAAUCCAGCAUGUCUUUCUCUCCACAGCCCCCUUGUAUACAGCCGUUUCAUGGAUGUGGGGGGCCCUUAGCGAUCUGGUCGAAUUUCAGGUCGAUGGUCAGACAAUAAUGAUCCCGCAGAACUUGUUGAGGGUCAUUGAGCAGUUGCGAGCGGAGUCUCAGCCCCGUCGGAUUUGGAUUGACGCCAUCUGUAUCGAUCAGAAGAGCCUGCAGGAGCGCAAUCACCAAGUGCAGAUGAUGGGACAAAUCUACAGAAACGCCAAUUACGUCGUCGCUUGUCUCACUGCUAAAGGAUCAAGCGACCGCAGACGGCUCAAGCGUGAGGCCGAGCAGCUGCACAAGCUACUGCAAGAAGGGAGGCACUCGACGGACACCAGCCGAUACCGCCACUUCUUCGGCAACCAGUAUUUCACCCGCCGUUGGAUUAUUCAGGAAGUCGCUCAAGCCCAGCAGGUCAAAUUCUGCUGCGAAGGCUAUUUGUUGCCGAUGGACAUCCUUCGGGAUGCCAUCAACGACUCUAUACUGAAGGCGAAGGGCAACAAAACGGAAGGUUACGCAUAUUUCUCCGAAGCGCAGCUCGUCGCAGAAAGGCGCGCUAUACAGCUGUGCUCCACUGAUUCUCGCAGUCCGACGUCAGCUAUGUCUCUCGAAGCUCUACUAUAUCGACACGAAGCAGCCCAGUGUCGGGAUUUUCACGACAAAGUAUAUGCGUUGAUUUCCCUGAGCCAGGAAGCUCAGGCGCAUCUAAUCGUGCAGUAUGACAUCGAUCAGGCAACGCUUAUGUUGAAGGUACUGGAGUUUUGCUACAGAUAUGAAAAGCUCUCAAAUUUCAGGAUCUUGAGCUUCAUGUCCUUUCUACGACAACAUCUUGAGGUGGGGAUAGGCGUUUUACGCAGCAGGAGCUUCGGUCCGCAAUCACCAGUUAUCACGACAGAGUUCGUUGUCCGCGGCACCGUUCGCGGCAGGAUUAGCGAACUCGCUCCAGGCCGUGGUGCAGAAGAUGCAGCUUUGGGAGUUCGCAACAAGCUCCCGACACUAUUAUUGCGUCAUGGUUUGCUGAUCAAAAAGCAAGGACAUUUUAUGACUCUCGAAGACGCAGACGCCUCAGCAGAUACGAACAAUCAUACAGUGAUGGAAGUUUCUGGAUUAGAUCAGUGUCUCUUCUCAUUUACCGGCAGCAACCACCGAGAUCGACCUUUGAACGCUGUCGAUGAUGACGAUUCUGCACAUACACUGUCUCCGGAUCCCCCUGGAUAUUCAUUAACUCAAGAACCCCUUCUCGUUGGAUUUGCCUCCACUAGAGUCCGCAUUGGUGACGAAAUCUGGCAAUUCGAUCGCACACCCGUUGCCAUAAUUGCACGGAAGACGCCCCCUGGCUUCAGCUUGGCGGGUCGAGCUAUCCUCCUCCGUGAUCCUGGGGCAGCGAAUAUGGAAGGUCAUCAGUGGCAUUUGGAGGACGAGAUCGCGUGGAUCAAAGACGGGACGAAAUAUCCACAGUCCACACCGGUCAUCAAGGUUGAUCUUCGAGGGCUGUAUAAGCUAAUGACGCGAAGGCGAGCAAGGGAUCAACAGCAUGGGUUGGACGGUGGUGACGGAAACCGAUACCUCGACAUCGACAUUGAUAAAGACACUGACAUCGACAUCGACAUACUUAUUGACAACAACAUCGACGACAAGCGUGCCAUUACCCGUAGCCGGGAUGGAGACACAACCGUCUUCGCCGCCAGCGACUGUUCGUCAGCCGCCAGUACAUGCGUCUUCGCCGACCCUAUCACCUUCACCGCUGCUCCUUCUACCUACAUGUUCAGUGGUAAAGGCCACUGGAACAUUCUCGGCCAGCUCGACUGCGCCAUUGACGGGGCACAUACUUAUGCACAAUGUGCGUGGACGAUGGGAUCUUACCCUUCGACCGAGAUGGCAAAUCUCGCCAACAGCUGGGUCACGACCUCUGCUGCGAGCAGUGUGACGAUCUCGCCGACGAUUUACGCUGAAGGUGAUGGUGUUUCUAGCUCGGGUUUUGUGGGUGUGGCAUACACUUCGAAGUACCUUAUCACAAACUAUACCACGAGCCAUGUCACGAGCUAUUCCACGUACUAUGUCACGAAUUAUAUGACGACGUGGGUUGAUGGUGGCGCGACAAUAUGUGCUGGACUGAGCUCCAUACGAGCUUCUAUAGUUGCCGUCAUUGCGGUUCUGUUGAUAAUAACACUGUUGUAG